AUGAGAAAAUGUAAAGUAUUUGUGGGUAACUCUCAUCCUGAGUUGGGAAAACUGGUGUGUGAGAGACUUGGUAUGGAACCCGCCCCAGUCACAUUGAAGAAGUUUGCAAACGGUGAAACAAGUGUCCAAAUUGGAGUGUCCGUCAGAGACGAGGACGUGUAUAUAAUUCAAAGUGGAAGUCCAAACAUAAAUGAUGACAUCAUGGAGCUGUUGAUUCUGAUCUCUGCUUGCAAAGGUGGCUCGGCUGCCAACAUUACGGCUGUGAUUCCACAAUUCCCUUACUCCAAACAAUCCAAAAUGAAAAAACACAGAGGAGCCAUAACAGCAAGAAUGCUUGCUAACUUGCUGAUCAUGGCCGGUGCUGAUCAUGUGGUGUCUAUGGAUCUUCAUGCUUCACAAAUGCAAGGUUUUUUCUCCAAGCCAGUGGAUAACCUAUUUGGAGGGCCAACCUUAGCUAAAUGGAUUAGACAUAACGUGCCUGACUACAAGGACGCUGUCGUGGUUUCAAAGAACCCAGGUGGAACGAAACGAGUCACUGCAUUGGCGGAUUCUUUAAAAAUUAACUUCGCAAUGAUCCAUACUGAUAGAAGGAGAGCUAAAGAUGGAUUCGAAGAUAAGAAAAAAAAGAAGAAGAUACAGAAGAAAGUUUCCACUCUUAAGCUCAACCACAACAACGAAGACGCCGAAGAGGAAAAUAUCAUUCUCUCUGGAGAAUCUCAAACCGCAAGAGUGGUCCAAGGUCACGUUGUUGAUGACGCGUAUCAGUCUGCUGAUGAGGCAGCCAAGCCAGGGAUGGAAUCGGUUAAUUCUAUAGCCAAUGGUACUGCCCAUUUCGAUCAAUAUGCCCUUGGAGGAUCUUACGAUGCUGACAAUUCUGACGAUGAUGACGAACCCGAGGCUAUUGCCCAAGAGAAAUUGAUCACCUUAGUGGGUGACGUUCAAAAUAGACCGGCAAUCAUUGUCGAUGAUAUGAUUGACAAACCUAACUCCUUCAUUGCAGCUGCGGAACAUUUAAGGCUUAAUUGUGGGGCUAAUUCCUGUUAUUUGGUGGCCACUCAUGGUAUCUUCUCCGAUAACUGUUUGGAAAUUCUCAACGACUGUGCCUACAUCGACAAAAUUAUUGUUACUAAUACCUACCCUAUAGACAUCAAAAAGAGAGAAGCCUGCAAGAAACUGGUCUAUAUCGAUGUUUCGACAAUUUUUGCAGAGUGUAUCAGAAGAGAUCAUUUUGGUGAGAGUAUUUCUGUUUUGUUUGAUAAUUUGUCUUCUUUUGCUUGA